AUGUCACAGCCGGUCAAUGUUCGACCAAAUGUGUCGGCCGAUUGGAAAAUAACCGGCGAGCUGACUGGUUCGAGGGCGUGCCGUUCGUACGCGCGUACGAAACCCACUCGAGUUCGGCAGGCAUGCGUAUUGGUGCUGGAUAUAGAGUGGAUGUCUUUCCGUCCCGAAAAAAGAGCAGAGGCAAUUACGUACGGCGGUGAUGGGCAGCACCGUACGACGGUUGUGGGGAGUGUCAAUGAUAAACGAUAUUCAGAAAGAUUUGGGAUAAAAAUUGAGAAGAAUAAUGGCAGCAAGAAGGAGUGCGAAGAAAGUCAGCGGGAGCGAGCAAGAGAGGAGGUUUAG